AGUAAUGUGAUGGUCAUGGUGGGUUCUGGACUCCUAGUGAAACCAGAAAAAGAUAUCAUGGCAACGGUGUCGUUUUCCUUCCCACAUUCUUUAGCCAAACAUUAUAUCUUCCUUGUCCGAUUCACCGUCUUCCACAUUAAGAAAGCAAACUCCAUAGAAAGUUUCUCUGACUCUGCACUCCAAGUAUCAGUUCUCUUCAAUUCCCUCCAUAAAACCCUUAAAAUCCUCUUACGCCGUUGCAGCUGCUAUCUCUCCAUCUACGUUACCAAGAUGAUGCUUAGAAUCCGUAGCAGAGACGGCCUCGAGCGCGUCUCGGUGGGUAACCCCAACACCACCGUCUCUCAGCUCAAAACCCUAAUCCAAAAUCAGCUUCGAAUCCCAAUUCAUAAUCAAACCCUUUCUACUAACCAAAAUCUACUUUUGGCUAAAUCCCCUUCCGAUCUCCUCAAAUUCACUGAUAUGUCCGAUCCCAAUACUUCUCUCUCUGCCCUCAACCUCGCUCAUGGCUCCAUUGUUUUCUUAGCUUACGAAGGCGAGAGAACCAUCGCAGGACCCGCUAUUCAUCCUGCUGGAUCGUUUGGCCGCAAGAUGACUAUGGAUGAUUUAAUCGCGAAACAAAUGCGAGUUACUAGACAAGAAAAUCCACAUUGCGAGUCGGUUUCGUUCGAUCGAGAUUGUGCCAAUGCAUUCCAGCAGUACGUUAAUGAGACACUAGCUUUUGCUGUUAAAAGGGGUGGGUUUAUGUAUGGAACGGUGUCUGAGGAAGGGAAAGUAGAGGUGAAUUAUAUAUACGAGCCACCGCAGCAAGGCACAGAGGAAGUUCUGUUGCUUUUGAGAGAUCCCCAAGAAGAGAAAUUGGUGGAUGCAAUUGCAGCAGGAUUAGGGAUGAGGAGAGUGGGCUUUAUAUUUACACAGACUAUAACGCAGGACAAGAAAGAUUACACUUUAUCCAACAGAGAGGUUUUGCAGGCGGCGGAAUUUCAUGCAGAGAGUGAGCUGAAGGAGUGGGUUACUGCGGUGGUGAAGCUGGAAGUGAAUGAAGAUGGGGUGGCUGAUGUUCAUUUUGAGGCGUUCCAGAUAAGUGAUAUGUGCAUUAGACUGUUUAAGGAAAAUUGGUUUGAGACAGAGAUUGGGGAGGAUAUUGAUCCUAAGUUGUCCAAAAUGAAGAAGGAUGUUGUUGUUGGAGGAAAGGAUGUUAGAGAGGUUGAUAAUGAUUUUUUCUUGGUCGUGGUUAAGAUUUUGGAUCACCAGGGUCCUCUUUCAUCUUCCUUUCCCAUUGAGAACAGGAUCACCCAAGUGACAGUGAGGGCACUGAAGACUCAUUUGGAUCGAACAAAGAAUCUUCCAUUCGUGAAAAGAAUUUCUGAUUUUCAUCUGCUGUUGUUUCUAGCCAAGUUUCUGGAUAUUAGUGAUGUUCCAGCAUUGGCAGAGUGUGUGCAAACACAGACGACAGUACCAGAAGGUUACCAACUCCUGAUUGAGUCCAUGGCUACUUCUUGAAUUGCUUGAUACAUUUUAUUGGGCAGAAAUCUUGUCUCUUGUGACUUACAAAAUUGCGAUUAUGCAUUCUUACUUGGGGCCCUAGAGCAAACUUGUUAUUGAUUUCCUGCGCUGCUUGGUGGCCAAGAAGGGCUCUGUGUCCCUGCAUCUUAAAUUAUACAAUGUCUAUAUGUACUCGGUGUUUAUUUAUCUAUAUUCAAGUAUCUUAGUAUCUGAUGGUCAAUGGUUUCACAUUUAUCUUCA